UUCCACCGCACGGCAGAAAGCUAGCAGAUUUCCGCUGCUGGAUUUCCGUCCCAGAAACAGUUCGCAGCGAGUGAGCCGACCGUAGGCGCCGGGCCAGACGAAGCAGUCCACAUUGGCCACACCUGUGACCCCUGCUGUCCCUCACUGGCCCCUGCUGGAUCCAGAAUGGCUUCCUGGUGCUACUGCCUCCUCUACUUCCUGAUAAGGAGUCUCUCUGGGACACCCUCCAACUCCCCAGGUGAAGCAAGGAGCUCUUGGCUCCCAGCUCCAGUGGACCCCGGUGAGGUGGUGGAGACCCCAGACGGGGUGUGCAAGUUCCCAGGGCAGCAGCUGAGCUGGUGGCAGGCUCAAGAGUCAUGUGAGCAGCAUUUUGGCCACCUGGCACUGGCGCCCCCAGCUGAGGUCCUUGCUCCACGGCUGCCCAACCCCAUCUGGGUGGGCCAAAGGGAGGCCCCUCUGCGAAGACCCCCCCAGAGGCGCGCGCUCCCCACGGCCGCGCUGGUGUUCGGCGAGCGGACGGCGGACAGGGCGGCGCGGCUGCGGACGCCCCUGCCCGCGCUGGGGGCGCUGACCGCGUGCGCGCACGUGCAGUGGGACGCCGCCUCGCCGGACGCCGCCGCGCUCUUCUCCCUCGCCGCGCCCUCCCUCGCCAACGCGCUGCAGCUGCGCGCCUUCGCCGAGCCGGGCGGCGCCGUGCACGCGGCGCUGGUGGUGCGCGGCCACCACGCGCCCUUCCGCGCCGCCUUCCGCGCCGACGGCCGCUGGCACCACGUGUGCACCACGUGGGAGCAGCGCGGCGGGCGCUGGGCGCUGUUUGCCGACGGGCGGCGGCGCGCCGGGGCGCGGGGACUGGGCGCGGGCCACCCGGUGCCAGCGGGCGGCAUCCUCGUGCUGGGCCAGGAUCAGGACUCUCUGGGCGGUGGCUUCUCGGCGCGCGAUGCCUUCAGCGGCAACCUCACCGACUUCCACCUGUGGGCUCGGGCCCUGAGCCCCGCGCAGCUGCGUCGGGCACGGGCCUGCGCGCCGCCACCCGGCGGCCUGCUCUUCCGCUGGGACCUGGGCGCCCUGGACGUCACGCCCUCACUGUUGCCGCCUCUGCGGGUGCGCCUGCUCUGUCCAGUGCCCUCAGAAGAGUGCCCUACGUGGAACCCAGGAUCCGGCACCGAGGGCUCUUUGCUCUGCCUUCAACCACAUUUCUUCCUUUGCUGUUACCGGACAGACACUUAUCAGCAGCUGCAGGAUGCCCAGUCGUGGCCUGGCCAGGAUGUUAUCAGCCGAGUCAAUGCCUUGGCCAAGACCAUAGUGCUGCUUCCUGACCCCCUCUCUGAAGCCCCUGGACACCUGUCGCUGGCUGAGGCCUCCAGCUUCCUGGGUAUCCUGGAGAGGGUCCUGGCAAAGGAGUCAGCUCCACUGGGGCCGGCUGCACUGCUGGCUGUCGUGCACUUCCUAAAGAGAGUGACGGCCCUCGGGGCUGGGGAGCCAGAGCCCUUAACAGGGCCCUGGGAGCAGCUAGGCCAGGGGAUCGUGUCUGUGGCCAGCUUGGUCCUGGAGGAGCAGCUGGCUGGUGCGUGGCUCUCAAUCAGCGAGGUGGUUGGCGGACCCAUGGCCCUGGUGGCAAGUCUACAGCGCUUGGCACCCCUGCUGAGCACCACGCUGACCCCUGGGCGGCCCCGAAUGCACAUCCAGCGUCGCUGUGUCGGCCUGGAGGUGCGGAGUCUACGCUUGACGGAGGCUGGCACGGAGGGCUAUGUGUUCACGGUGCCCGGUGGGCACCCGGAGGGGCCCGGCCACAUCCGCAUCCCCGCAGGUGAAGUGGAGCGCCUACUCGGGAAAGGCCUCUCUGGAGUCACCGUGAUCCACAGCUGGUUCAGCUCGAGUGUCUUCCGGCAAACCCUAGGGGAGCCUGGCCUGGAGCCCCAGGCCCCUGACAGCUCAGAAGAGGCAAGCAAAUUGCAGAGGUUUCUAAGCACCCAGGUGGGGUCAGCCAUCAUCUCCUCUGAGGUAUGGGGUGAAACCGGGGAGGUCAGCACAGCCGUGACCUUUCACUUGCAACACCAGACCCAGGCCUUCCCGCAGAAACUGGUGGAACCUGUCUGUGCCUUCUGGAACUUCAGCAUCAGCCCAGACACAGGGGGCUCCUGGGCCACUACCGGCUGCUCUGUGGCCACCCUGUACCGGGACUCUACCGCGUGCUUCUGCAACCACAGCACCAACUUUGCUGUCCUGUUGCAGGUGUAUGACGUCCAGAGAAGCCCCGGGGAGGAGUCGCUGCUGAGGACGCUGUCGUUUGUGGGCUGCGGAGUGUCCUUCUGCGCCUUGGCCACCGCCUUCUUGCUCUUCCUGGCAGCUGGGGUCCCCAGGUCAGAGCGAGCCACGGUCCACAAGAACCUCACCUUCUCCCUGGCCUCUGCCGAGGGCUUCCUCAUGGCCAGCGAGUGGGCAAAGGCCAACAAGGUGGCGUGUGUGGCCGUCACAGCUGCAAUGCAUCUCCUCUUUUUGGUCGCAUUCUCCUGGAUGUUGGUGGAGGGCCUAUUGCUAUGGAGCAAGGUGGUGGCCGUGCGCAUGCGCCCAGGCCCCAGGAUGACUCUCUACUACGCCACGGGCUGGGGCGUGCCCAUGGCCAUCGUGGCCAUCACGGUGGCCAUGUCCCCCGACGACUAUGUGGCCACUGGCCACUGCUGGCUCAAUGUGCACACGGACACCAUCUGGGCCUUUGUGGGGCCCGUGCUCUUCGUGCUGACUGCCAACACCUGCAUCCUGGUCCGCGUAGUGAUGGUCACUGUGUCCAGUGCCCGCCGCCGUGUCCGCAUGCUGAGCCCCCAGCCCUGCCUGCGGCAGCAAGUCACAAUCCAGAUAUGGGCCACAGUGAAGCCGGUGCUGGUCCUGCUGCCCGUCCUGGGCCUGACCUGGCUGGUCGGCACGCUGGUGCACCUCAGCCCGGCCUGGGCCUACGCCGCCGUGGGCCUCAAUUCCUUCCAGGGGCCAUACAUUUUCCUGGUCUACGCUGCCUACAACGGGGAGGUCCGGAAUGCCCUGCAGAGGAUGACUGAGAAAAAGGCAACAGAGGCAUUUAUGGUCUGCUCCAGCCCCAUAGGCCCAGGGUCCCACCCUAGGUCCCUUGGUCCCUGGGAGGUCUCUCAGAACAACCCUGUAGCCUUGGCUCCAGCCCGAAGACACUUGGCUAUUAGAGGAACUUCACAUCUGCAAAGGGAGGAGCUCUGUCACGGUCACCAGCCCAUCGCAUCAUCAACGGUCACUGGCAACAUGAGCGCCAACAUCCCCAUCAGCACCAAAGACAGGGGCGCUGCCACCGUCAACGACGUAGUCUUCCAAUCGCCACGGCUGAGGAACACCGCCACCUUCAAUCACCGAUAUUGACGGCCCCGGCUUUCUCCCAAACUCGGCCACUGCCACCAUCAUCAACCAAACUGCAGCCAUUCCAGUCACUGCCAUCAUCGGCAGUCACCAACCCUGACCCCCGUCAUUAUCACAAACACGGCCACUGCCACCAUCACCCACCCAACCACCAUCACCUGUCACCAUCAUUACUGCCACUGUCAUCAUCACAUUGGUCAUGAUGAACGCCCUCAUCGUCUCCAAAACCACACCAACAUCACCAGCUGUAUCCCUGGACGUGUUAUUCGACUUCUCAAUUUCCUACAGAACGGUGACAACAGCACCUAGUUCACAAGACCGUUGGGAGAAUUUGGGGACUUGACAGGUGGAAAAUGCUUGGAGAACAGCAUCUGGCACGUAACAAGACCAAUUUGUUACCAUUGCUAUCUCUACUCUCACCCCACCAUGAUCAACACCGUCCCCAUCGCCGGGUCAAAACCUUCCUGUCACCAUCAUCCCCAUCGUGGCCACCAUCAGCACCAUCACCAGACAGGCACACUGUAAUUGCAAGGGUCCCAUCUCCCAGCCUCCAGGCACAUGUACUGGUGGCCCUAUUCUAGACAGUGACAGGCACUCCUGUGACCAAUCAAGAAGCUCCAGAACCCCAAGGAGAUUCUCUCCUGGGGCCCCUGGGGGGACACGGAUGUUCACUGCAGCAGCAUUUAUGGAGGUGGCCUGGAUGGCUGUGUGGUGGCCGCACCACAGAGAGUCCUGUGCAGUAGAAGUAAUGGAGCAGACAGAAAAAAUGGACAGAUCUUUAAAAGCAUAGGGCUAAGUGGAAAAAAAAACAGAGAAGGAAGAUCCAGAAUGAGAUCUACAAGACAGAGCCAUCUACAUAAAUUAAAAGUGCUUGUACAGAGUGUGCACUUUAUGUGAGAACAGGGACAAAACAAGGAAUCCAGGUUAAACGUGAAGGCAUGGCUGCCUGUGGGAGGCACGGGAGGGCAGUCGGCUCUGCGUGGACCAGGGAUCACCUGUGCCAGGGAAAGAGGGGUGUGACCAAUGCCUCCUCCACACCCAGUGGAGGUCCAGUGAAGACACAAAAAAUAAAAUGUCUCUGGAGUGAGGCCGAUGGGGGUUCAAAUCCCGGCCCCACCAUUUAGGAGCAGUGGCUUUGUGCCCUGUCCCCUCCUGGCCUGCAAGGUCUUCUUUUGCUAUGAAAGGGGCAUGCUCACCUUGCAGGGGCCGGAGCUUGGGUCUGGGGGCCUGCACAGGGGCCUAGGCCCCCAGGGGCACCCAGAGAGGGUCCAUUUCUUGUCACUAGAGUCCUCAUCACUGCUUGGCAGGCCUCUUUCAGCUCCUGGGCAGCACCUCCAGCUGGUGACCUGCCUAUUGGGUGAGGUUCAGCACGAAUCCACAGAACUGGUCCCCCAUCCCCCAAUCCAGCAGGGCCUUGCCUGGGAUGUGGCGUCCAGUGGCUCAGAAAAUGGUCAUCCAUCCACUUUCCCUCUGCCCCCAUGACUACCAGCCCUACUGCUGCGGGGGAGUCGGGAGCCCAGCAUGUGCAGCCCUUGGCCCUUCUAAUCCCUCUUAACACCCACUGCGCCAGGAGGGCCUGAUGCUCCUGGCAACCCUGAUCCCCAGCCGCCCCCAGUGUGCCCGCUGAGGCCUAUGUUGUCCAAAGUCGGAUUUAGGGAAACCCGAGCUGGGCCCAGGG